AUGACCCGACUCCCGAGCUUCUUCACAGCAGCGCUAUACACACUCUACUCUCUCCCAGGAAUCUCUGCCUGGACCUUCGUCUGGAGAAACGUCAGCGACGCCCCCACUGUCGAAGAAGGCACUGGCGCACAGCCCUGCAAAGCAAUAGACCAUGCCAAAGGCAAAUAUUUCAGAUUCAACGCUGAGGACAGUCUAGUGCGGAUCUACCUGUACGGCUCAUCCAGUUGCACGGAUGACCUCAUCUGGACAGCUGAAGAUUAUCUUACAAAGAACUCGAGUAGUCCGAUACGGGCGUUCGCGGUCAUUGACCUAAGAGGCGCGAAUACGAGCACUAGUAGUCAGCUCGAGCCGUUCCCUGGGAACGACUGGUUCAAAUCAUCUCCUAACAGCCCGAUCGUGACUGCCAUGGGAAAGCGACUGGUGGCGGAAGACUGUGGGAAGUACACAGAGGGUCCGGGACCCCAGUGGACUGAGGCGGACCGGAAGUCCUAUCAAUGUUGGCAGGAGAAGCUUGGCUACACUGGUGCGGACGCCGAUGGGUGGCCUGGAAAGACGAGUUGGGAUCAGCUCAAGGUUCCUCUAACGGAGAGCAAGGCGUCUUCUACAACUACGGAGACGCCGUCAAAUACGAGUACGGGUACACAUACAAGUAUGUUUGCUUCGGAUACGACUGCCUCCACGACGUCAUCACUCGGCGGGGGAAAAAUCGCUGGGGUAGUGGUGGGCUCUGUGGCCGGGCUAGGACUCAUCUUGGCGAUAAUCUAUCUCGCGCGACUGAGAGGGCGUCGAUCUGCGCUGGGGUCCAAACAAGACGAGACAGAGCGAGAACCAGAAGGUGGUGGUAAUGAUGGUGAAGAUCAUGAUAUCUGUGAUGCUGCAGUAACAGAAGAAGCAAAGUCAGUGGAGCAAUUACCUCCAGCGGCUGAGGCCAUUCCAGCACACAACCCGAGGAAGCACUUUGCCGAGCUCCCGGGAGACACGGCGACGGCAGAGUUGAGUGACAGUCGGAGGAUUGUUGAACUGGGAGACGGUCGAACAUAG